GUUUGGAGAUGUAACGUCAAUGUGACACUGACAGUGACGUAAUUGACAAGCAUUUUUUUUUAAUCAGCUGAGCUGUCUGAUGCCGUGGUGAAUUUUUACGGUUUCUCUAAUUCUUUUUAGACUUUCUGAAACUUUACUAGUGUUUUACAAUGCCGAAGAAGAAGACGGGCCAGCGCAAGAAGGCGGAGAAGCAGAAGCUGCGGCAGAAGGAGAUCCGCAACGCGCGCGGGAACGUGGACCUCGCGCAGCACCCCUGCAACAUGCCCAUGGAGUGCGACAAGUGCCAGAAGAAGCAGAAGAGCCGUGCAUUCUGCUACUUCUGCUCGGCGGUGCAGCGGCUGCCGGCGUGCGCGGCGUGCGGCAAGGUCAAGUGCAUGCUGAAGGCUGGAGACUGCGUUGUGCGCCACCCCGGCGUCUACACCACCGGGCUCGGCAUGGUGGGUGCAAUCUGUGACUUCUGCGAGGCGUGGGUGUGCCACGGGCGCAAGUGCCUGCAGACGCACGCCUGCACGUGCCCGCUCAUGGACGCCGUCUGCAUGGAGUGUGAACGAGGCGUGUGGGAGCACGGCGGGCGCGUCUACCGCUGCUCGUUCUGCCAGGGCUUCCUGUGCGAGGACGACCAGUUCGAGCACCAGGCCUCGUGCCAGGUGCUGGAGUCCGAGACCUACAAGUGUCAAUCGUGCAACCGCAUCGGUCAGUACACGUGUCUCCGCUGCAAGACCUGCUACUGCGACGAGCACGUGCGGCGCAAGGGGGCGCGCCCGGAGCGCCACGCCGCGCCGCCCUGCCCCAAGUGCGGGUACACCACGCAGCUCACGCACGACCUGUCCAUGUCCACUCGCUCCCACCGCUACGGCCGGCAGGGCACGGCAGCGGCUGACGAUGAUGACUACGCGGGCGGCUACGGCGGCGGCUAUGGCGGCUACAGCGGAUACGGGGACACUGGCGGUGACGACGACGACGCCGGCGGCGCGGAGGGCGGAGACUACUCGUACUCGGAGUCUGAUGAUGACGAUGAUGAUGAGUCGGAGGAAGAGUCGGAAGAGGAAGCGGCAGAUGCUUCGAAAACUGAUAAAUAAAUCAUGCGGCAAUCGUAUUGUGCAAUUUAUUACUACUUUAAUAAAAUUACUUACUCAAACUAA